UCUUCUUUGCUUUUACAAAUGCUACUGGAAAUUAGUUAAAGGCAAAAAAUCCUCACCUGACUAAUUCAGAGUUUGCUUUUUUGGUCAUUUGGCUUCUGGGCUUAAUAUAAGCGACAUGGUGGCUUCAGUGAACUGUUUUGAGAAAAGCUUCCUCUCCUCUCCACACAGUCUUAUUUGAGUCCCUUCGUCAGUCAGUAAGCAUGUUUGGAACAGUCCCCAGUGCUUUGCAAGGGCUCAUAUUGCAGAACAGUCACGUAUGGGUAUUUGUAGUUAUAAAUACUUGACCAGUCUCCAGGGGUGGGGCUUCCAACCCUUUAAACAACCCCGCUGCCUGUUAUGAAGCUAACUGUUUUCUCUAAGAGCCAGCAUUGAUUGUGGGAGGCCAUCUUUAGCUGAGAAAUAAACAAAAUGGAACAUAAUGGGUCUGCUUCGAAUGCUGGUAAGACCCACCAGAACCGCCUGUCAGGUGUGACAGAAGAUGAAGACCAAGAUGCCGCUCUCACCAUUGUGACCGUGCUGGACAAGGUGGCCACCAUCGUGGACAGAGUGCAGGCCAGCCAGAAGAGAAUAGAAGAGAGGCACAGGGACAUGGGAAAUGCUGUCAAAUCUGUCCAGAUUGACCUGCUGAAGCUUUCCCAGUCCCACAGCAACACGGGCCAUGUCAUUAACAAGUUGUUUGAGAAAACCCGAAAAGUCAGCGCUCACAUCAAAGACGUGAAGGCCCGGGUGGAGAAGCAACAGGUUCACGUGAGGAAAGUUGAAACCAAGCAAGAGGAAAUAAUGAAGAAAAACAAAUUCCGCGUGGUAAUAUUCCAGGAGGACAUUCGGUGUCCCACAUCCCUGUCUGUCGUCAAAGACAAAAACCUAAGUGAGACUCAAGAGGAAGAUGAUGAAGAUGUCUUCGAUCCCCCAAUAGAUCUGUCUUCGGAUGAGGAAUAUUACGUUGAAGAAAGCAGAUCCACCAGGCUCAGGAAGUCAGGCAAGGAGCACAUCGAUAAUAUCAAAAAGGCGUUUUCCAAAGAAAACAUGCAGAAGACACGGCAGAAUUUUGACAAGGGAGUCAACAGAAUUAGAACCAGAAUAGUGACCCCAGAGAGGAGAGAGAGGCUCAGGCAGUCGGGGGAGAGGCUCAGGCAGUCGGGGGAGAGGCUGAAGCAGUCCGGGGAGAGAUUUAAGAAAUCUAUUUCCAACGCAGCUCCCUCGAAGGAAGCUUUUAAUUUGCAUAGCCUUCGGAAAGCGAAAGGCCGACCGGUGGCCCAGGGUCCAGGAGAGGUCCGGGAGAUGGGUGUGGACAUCAUCGCCGGGAGCCAGUCGCUGGGCCCCAUCAAUGAGCUCUACAGCGACGAGCUCAGUGGAACAGACCAGGAGGAGGCCAGGGUGGUGUAUCCUCGCUGUGAAGAGGGGGACAACCCUGCCCCUGAGCCUUUAAAAGUUACUUUUAAACCCCAGGUGAAAGUAGAUGAUGACGAAUCUCUUUUGGUAGAUUUAAAGCAGUCUUCGUAGAGAGGAACUAAGUAUAUUUUAAGUCUAAAUCACCUUAAUCAUGCAGUUCCAGUUUAAGUAGUAUAGUCACUUAAUAUUUAUUGGCCAUUUAGGGAACAAUAAAUGACAUGAUUUUUAUUUCUUAUGUUUAAAAUCUUAAAGGUAAUACAAAUAUUACAUAUAUACAUUUCCUAGUAAGUUCCCUGGGGAUUCUUUCUUUCUCCCCCUGGCUUAUAAGAUUCUAGCAGCGUCCUGUCGUGUCACUCUCACUGCAGCUGUGGAUUCUUAAGUUCCUUUCUGUUGCCCACCAGAAAAAUAGCUUCCUAGAGAGGGUCAGUUAGGUGUUUAGUAGUUUAAAACACCUAAGUGAAGGGCAGAUAUGUGGCCAUCAUUUGCAUUUGCAAGUGUACCCUCAGUAUUGGUCUAGAUUUAAUAUGGCUGAUCUCCAAGGGGAUUAUAUCAUCCAUAUGUUCAAGUCAACAGACUUGUUAGUAAGUUAGCAAUCACACGUCUUUUUGAUGCUUUUGCAUAAAGAAAGGAGGUUCUGGACUUGAGCAUUUGGUUCUGGCGUCACAGCUGUACUUACAGUGAGCACUUGGCACGUCGCCUGCUCACAAGCUCGUCAGUAAAUUGGAGGAGGCUGGCCUGUCCUGCAUCUCAGAGAGAACUGUCAUGAACAUCACAGGAAACGGUGUACAUUCUGGGGGAACAAGAAACAUAUCCAGAGGAAACGAGCCCUGCUGAUUUUGCAGACAGAAUCCAAUUAAUUACACCUGACAAAGCCCUGAGCACCAAGCUGUGAGGACCUAGGUUGGACGGACACUGAAGUUGGUCUUCAGAAGCCUUUUCACAGAGUCGGGAAUGAAAGAUAAAUGUUUGGGUGACAUUUUUUUGUCAAAGACUAAAAUGAAACCUUGGGUUUGAGUUGGAUCUUGAAAGUAUUCACAGGGGUUCAUCGUAGCUGCUCUGGGAGGGAGCCAGACUCCACACUUAGCUUUAGACAUAGCCAAUCUGGAAGCCGAUAUUAUUGCUAAAGAAAGACAGGAAUGGUCUUACUGGUUCUGCACUGCUGGUAAUGUUUAAAUCUUCUGGUUUUGUAAUAGGGGAGAGAGGGUGGAAUUGUUGAAUUUGAAGAGUUUGGGCAACAAUCAGCUUUCAGAUCAGUUCUGGAUGCCCAGGUAGUAAUUGUAAUAAAUGUACACACACAGGGACAUGUGUGCACACCACAGACACCCAACAAACCAACUAGGAUUUUUGACUCAGUUACCCAGGUGUUUGGGUUUGGGAGUUUGAUUCAGCAUCAUUACUCUGCAUGAACACAUGAAAUCAUAAAUUGUUCAUCUUUUUCUAUUGAUAACUAACAUGUAUACAACACUGAGCAAUCUUCGAGUAAUUUAAAAAAGUGUUAUCAUUCAAAAAGAGCUUGGAUGCCUAAUCACAUACUUCCUUAAAGCCAUAAUAAAUUUGAAUUUAAAAAAGACAUGGUUACAAA